AUGCCAAAAACAACAGGCAUACGGAACGAGUUUACAAUCGAACACGACCGCGCGCUCGCGCGGUACCUCGCCGUGCACAACCCCGCGAAGGCGGGCCGGUCUGGGAGGGCUAUAUACGAGCAGAUCGAGCGACACGCUGCCGAGCUCGGACCCUGGGCCUCCGCUCACUCCUGGCAAGCCUGGCAAACCCGCUACAGGAAAAGAGAAGAAUACUUCAACGCGCUCAUCAGCCGCUUUCAGCACGAACUGCAUGUCGACGCGUCGGCGCCGCAGCGGUUGUUAAAUCCGGAGCUAAGGCCUAUGGAUGCGAAUAGGAAGCGGACGAGGGCGGGUGAGACGGCUAGUCAGGGUGCGAAGAGGGUGAAGUUGGAUCAUGAUGGGGAGGGAGAUGGGGAUGGGGAGGGAGAGGGAGAGGUGUUGGAUACGAGCCGGGAUACGUGGGAUCGGCCGGUGGACGUGAGGAGCGAUAGGAGGGACGAGCCGCUCAGCCUACUGGACCUAACCAUGCACUCCCAAGCCCCGGCCCCAUCCCGCGGCCCGCCCACACCGCCCCACACAAACUCGAUCGCCUCCCCACACUCCUCCGCCUCUCCCUCCCCGCAGAGUCACACGCAAACCCCGCGCGACCUCUCCCCGCCCUUCGCCCAGCGCCCUCGGCCCACACCCACACCACGCCCCGACUCGGACAGCGACGAUCCUACACCGAAGAAAAGGAAAUACCCAAGACAAUACGAGGAGAGCCCGUUCAGACGCGCCACGACGGCGUCUAAUGGGCGGAGACGGAUAAGCGCGGGCGGGACGAGGAGCACGGGCGUCGAGGAGGGCGAUAUGAGGAGCGGGAGCCGGGACAGGGCGUGGCCGCCGCCGAGGACGAAGAAGGUCGACGUCGUGCAGUCGGACGACAGGCGGUACCCGACGAAUACGGAUAUGGAUAAUGUCGAGCUCAGCUCGCCUGUACCACGCCCCGCGCCUGCCGUUGUGCGGAGGCCGCAGGUGAAUGCUGUCGCGUCUUCGUCGAGGGUCAAGCUCCCCGAUGCCGUGCGUCUGUCGCCAAGUAUGGCGGGAGGGUUCUGGGCCGCCUAUCGUGAACGCACCGCGUCUCCGCCUCUACGUCGCGCGGCUACGCCGGUCGUGUCCCCGCCCCGCGAGCGAUCCGACACUCCUCGCGUGGUCGACGCUCCCAGUGCACCCGCUCACUCAUCAAGCGACCAACUCCCAGUCGUAGUCUCCCGUCAAGAUGAACGCCGUCACGCGCCCGCCGCUGAUGCUGCUGCCCGUGUUGCCCCCGACGAGCAAAGUUACCCAAUAGCGCCAAGAUCGCGCCAUGCUGGACAGCACGCGCCUGCCGCCCCUCACCUAGAGGAAGACGAGCAAGACGCCACUCCACCGCCCGCCGCGCGCUCUGUUAAAGCGACUAAACGCGCGCGCCUCUCUGUGCCUCGCGCAGGCGAAGACGAACAGGACCUCAUUCCCCCGCCGCCCGCGCGCUCUAUCCACCUUCCGGAUAUCGUCCCCCAUCAGGAUAAGCGCCGUCGCGCGCGCGUCACUCCCGCCGCUACUCAUGCUGCCGAUGAACGUAUUGUGAACGACGCGAAUCGCCCCACGGCAGGCGGAUUGCGCCAUGCUGGACGGCACGCGCCUGCCGCCCCUCGCGUAGAGGAAGAUGAGGAAGACGCCACUCCACCGCCAGCCGCGCGCUCUGACAAAGCAACCAAACGCGCGCGCCCCUCUGCGCCUCGCACUGCCGUCGCCGCGGACGAAGACGAGCAAGGCGUGCCUCCGCCGCCAGCCGCGCGCUCGGUCGAAGCGAACAAGCGCGCCCGCCCCGCGCCCGCGCAUCACGCUUCGGAACACGCACGCCGUCGUGCCAGUCGCUCCGAUGAGGACGAGCACGAAGAGGACGCCGACGUACCGUCCGCCGCACCCCAGCAAAAGAUCAACAGGCGCCUAGCUACGUCAGACCGUGACGUGCGCGCGCCUGCCGCCGAUAUGAAGAAGCGCCGCGAGACGUUCGCGAGCUUUGGCAGGGCAACGCGUGCAGCGCCGGUCGGAGCUCGCAAGUCUCUCCCGUCCAAGCGCCGCAAGUCUAUUGCCGAGCCCGCCUCGCAGACCUAUCUCUCCGCGCUCCGCCGACAACGCCAACUCGACAUCGACUCAGACGACCUCGACCUGCCCGACGUCCCACCCCACCUGCUCAUCUCAGUCAAGCUCGGCCUCAGACAGGCUAUACCGGGGCUCGUGGAUCGAUAUGGAUUCAAUAAGGAUGUGGUCAAGAAUGUUAUCGAGGCUGUGAAGGGAGAUCUGGGGAUGGCGGAUGAGGCGUUGAGGAAGAUGAGGGUUGGGGCGGGGAGGGCUUUUAGGAGGAGUUUGGGGUUGGUUGUUGGUGGGGAGGAGGAGGAGGCGGAGGCGGAGGCGGAGGAAGAAGACGGGAGCGACGGGGAAGACGGGGAAGGGGAGGGCGAGGGUGACGCUGAAGAGGUCGAGGCUGAUGUGGAGAUGGAGAUGGAGGAGGACAGCGCAAAUGGGGGUGGUUCAGAAGAGGAGCUCGUGCUAGACGACGCGGAGGAGGACGCAGAAGAGGACGAACAGGCCUACGAAUCCGCCGAGGACAACACCAGACCCCACCCCGCCUCCAAUCCCCGCCACACCAGCUCAGCUCAACCGACCCCUGCCGGCACCACCUCCCCACCCCGCCGACGCAAACCCCGCCUAAGCAAACUGCACUACACGCCCCUCUCGCCCUCCCGCGCGCCCUACAGCCCGCCCCCGCACACCAAAGCCCGGACCUACGUCCGCCUGAGCACCAGCGGGCGGCACGACGAGGCUCUUGAGCGGCUCACGUCCAGCCCUGCGAAGUCGCCUUAUCGUGACAUACAUCGCGCGCAGGCGUCCGGUCCUGCGCGUCGAACGAGUCCAUCGAGUUCUACGCGUCAACCCAUUCCGCAGGACGAUACACUUCCCGCCCCACCCAUACCCAUGCAGAUGAUGAGACUCCGACCCGCAUCGUCUCGAUCGAUGGCAGAAGAGGAGUACCAAGACUUCGGCGACGAAGACCCGUUCAAGGUCCCGCACUUCGAAGACCCGCCGAGCCAGGCGUGGCCGAAGAGCUCGCAGUUGCCUCCAUCGUCUCAGCCUCAGAUGUCGUCGCAAACUUUACGGUCGUCCCAGGCCAAGGCAUCGCUGCCGUUUUCGUCGCAGUCUCAGUUCCCGAGUUCGUCGCCUGGCCGGCUGAAAGUGCCAGACACACCCGAACAAACUGAGAUACGCGCUUGGAUGCGAGACGGAGAACUGGAGCGGCUGAGAGAGGCCGAGGGAGUGUAUGAGCAGGGUGCGAUGAUGCGGUUGGCGAUGGAGUGGGUCGCUGAGCGAGUUGGCUUGGAUGAGGAGGACGGUGGAGAUGAGGGGAUGUAG